AUGUAUCCUUCUAGCAACAUUUAUGACCCUUUUGAGUCCUUGUUCAGUAGGUCUUUUCCAGUCGAUCAAAACCCUACCCCAAAACAAGAUGACCCUUCACCUUUCUUUCACUUUCCUUCACCAUUUCUUGAUGAAACUGAGUUUCCAUUGAAUCAAAUAUUGUCCCAAAAUCAGCCCAUGGCAGUGCAUAAUUGCAUAGCCCGUGAUUACCAGAUAGAAACCUAUGUUGAUACUACAAACAAGGAAACAAUAAAAGGCAGGAAUAUUGAUCUCUCCAGAUUGAAUGAAAAAUCGGUUGAAUCAACUCCAAAUGAAUCAGUUAUACCAUUGAGGAAGAGAAACCUCGGUCCAAUGCUGCUAAAGAGAACCGGGAAGAAGGAUAGGCACAGCAAGAUUUGUACAGCACAGGGAGUGAGAGACCGGAGAAUGAGAUUAUCGCUUCAAGUUGCGCGGAAAUUCUUUGAUCUUCAAGACUUGUUAGGCUAUGAUAAAGCAAGCAAAACCAUUGAAUGGCUUUUUACAAAAUCGAAGAAGGCGAUUAAGGAGCUGAGCAAAAACAAUCCAAAAGUAAAGAUCAGUUCUACCACUGAUGAUUUAAAUAGUGAAUCCGUUGUGUUUGAACGUGACAUCGUAGCAGUAAUGGAGGAGAAUUCAAUCAGUGCACACAAAGGAGUUGCAAGAGAAUAUGCAAGUAUAGAAAGGAAGAAAAAUGACAAGAAAUCGCGAAAAUCUGAGUAUAAACCUAAUACAAGAGAGUCCCGGGACAAGGCAAGAGCAAGGGCAAGGGAUAGAACAAGAGAUAAAAUGAUAAUCAAAGGCCUGGAAGAUUCUAAUCAGUGGAUUGAGUCAAACCCUAAUGAUUUUCAACAAUUAGGGCCUUCCAAUAGUUCCUUUGAAGCUGUAGAAGAAUCAAGUUCUCAUAAUCAGAAGCAAGGUGCUCAUACUAACUCACUGGAAAAUCAAUUCUCUGAUGUGGGAAUAAUUGAGAAAUUCCUGGGAAAUUCAAGCUCAAAUUCUUGGCCUGUCUCUGAUUAUUCCGAUAACGAUUUCUUGGGAUUUCUUGGAAAUUGGGACAUGAAUAAUGAUAGAAUCAACUCAGAAAUGACAAACAUUGUUUCCUUUGCAGGUAACCCCAAUUCUGUUUAUUUAGCCACCUCUGAUUUUCCAUUCCAGCAAUAA